AUGGAAAACAGUGAUCCCACACAGGAGCGGUCCAUCCCCAACCAAUCGCCGGCUGGUGCGGCAGGAGCACGCGAGAACACAGCUCCGACGGCCUCGAAUGCGCAAAUUACGACGCCCAGGGCAUCUAGGAAUCAAGACAACUCUCAUGCCGCCACCACAGCUAACCCUCCACCGCCGCGAAGAGGAACCGCUGGCCGACGCUACUCGCAGCGGCGCAUACGCUCCAAUUCCAAUAUGCACUCUGGUCUACAUACCAACAGCCUGUCCAUGUCCGAUCCCCAUCACGAAUCACUUACCAGGCUCCGCGAGUUUCUCAAAACAAGGAGCGCGUUCGACGUGUUCCCGCUCAGCUACCGUUUCAUCAUCUUUGACACCAAACUCACGGUCAAAUACGCUCUGGCGACGAUGCACCAAAAUGGUGGGUCAUUCUCAUCUGCCGAAUUGGGAAUUGUAUAUGCUCCGCUAUUCGACUCCAAGAACUGGCAAUACGCGGGCAUGCUCACGUUACUCAACAUCAUUCACCUUAUCCAAUACUAUUACAUGAAAGCCGAAACAUUUGAGACUGCAGCCGCAGAUGUGGAGACAUUCAGGAUUGAAUCGCUUCGAGACAUAGAAAAGGAACUCAAUGUACCACCACCGCCGUUGCACUCUAUCCACCCUUCCAAGCCACUCUAUGAGGCUUGCAAACUCCUCAUUCAAAGCCAUGCACAUCGACUUCCACUCAUCGAUUACGACACCGAGUCGAAUAUGGAGCUAAUCGCAUCGGUCUUGACAUUGUUCCGAGUCCUUCGGUUCAUUUCUCUCAAUUGCUCAAAGGAUAUUCAAAACCUCUCCUACAGCCUGCGCUCGUUGGGCAUUGGAACUUACGUCGACCCCAAACCCGACAACCCUUACUACCCAAUCAUCACAGCGACCAUGGAUUCGACCGUGUUCGAUGUCGUGAAUAUGUUUUCCACUCAUGGAAUCAGCGCUGUGCCGAUAUUGAAUGACGACGGUGUGGUCUUGAACGUAUACGAAACGCUUGACGUCACUACGCUAAUCCGCUCGGGAGCGUACACGAAACUCGAUCUGUCCAUACGACAGGCAAUUCAACAGCGCACCGCAGAAUUCCUGGGGGUCGUCACAUGUUCAGGAAACGACACCCUGGGGAAACUCUUGGAGUUGAUCUCUCGGCAGCAACUCCACCGACUCGUCGUUGUGGAUGCUGACGGGCGCUUGGCCGGUAUCAUCACAUUGGGUGAUAUACUGUCUUAUAUUGUCAAAGAUGGCAAAGACUAUCAUCCCCCAGGAACUGUAACACCCACCACAACUUCGCUUCCUACGGCUGUCGAGAGUCCCAAAGAAGUGGACGAUUAA